CACACUCUCUAGCCAAACCCUAAUUGUGUGUGCGUGUGUCUGCAUUUUUUUUCCCUGACAUGAGGAAGGAAACGGAGUGAGUAUUUGUUCUCUGUCCUUGAGAAUAGUGGUCCGGACCCCUUUUGAGUCGAUUUGCUUGACUGAAAAAAGUGGCAGUGGCAGAAUUUAGCUGUGAAAAAUCACUGGAGUUAGUUUUUAGGUUACCAUGUGGCGGUUUUGGAUGCCCUUCAUCUUGGCCUGGGUAUCCAUGGCAACUCCAACGCUCUGCCAAAGCGGGGAUGGUGAUUGGGGUUCGGGCCUUGACAUUUAUUCUGCCAUAAUGGCCACCAAUGACACAUCGCAGGCAGUUGGUGAUGAGCCUGCGAGAAUGAAAAACAACCACAAGAGGAUCACGUCAACAGGGAUUCCACCAUCACCCUCACCCUCACCCACUCUGCACUAUGAGCCCCAACCGGACAAGUGCUCAGUCCACUUCAGUACCAACGCCGCUUGGGCUAGAAGGCUGAAGGCCCAGGAAGAGGAGCUGGCUUAUCUGCAGGCCAUCCAGCACGGAAACAAAGCAGUAAUGGAGAACCUUGCGCAGUUUGUGGGGGCAGAGCUUGGAGAUCACAGUUAUGAGGAUGUGAUCAAGGAAAACAUCAUUGGCAUCCAGGAGGACCACAAAAGCUGCCAUGAGGUGGUGGAGAAAGCUGAAGAAGAUCUAGAAAAGCAGCUGGAGGGAGACGCGUUGGAUGCCCUCACUGGGAUGCAGAAGAUCAGAGAAGAGUCCUUGGCUUUUGAAGACAUGCUUCAUGCUGCAGCAGACAUCGCCAACAGGCUAGAGAGCUCAUCUCAGGCGCUGCAGGCCUCAUUCACCAAGCAGCUGAAAGACAUUAUCAAAAUCCAUCACUAAGGAAGGGUUGAAAAGCUUUUAAAAACUGUUUACACAUCAUCCUCUAACUCUUGGAUGAUCAUUGAUAUUCUGUGUGAGAUCCAGAAAGGGGGAAAUCAACCUUCCAAGAACUCUAUCCAGUUCUGUUUUUUAUCUUAUAUGUGUCUUGCAGCACUGAGAUAAAACAAUGUGUCAGGGUCAGCCUUUACGUCAACUGUAGGAAUCUACAAAGAUGAAGGCUGCUAAUUUCACAUCAUGUGAAUGAUGAAAGAAAACUGCGAAAACAUAAUUCCCUUUCACAGAAGUUAUAACCUCAUAACCCAUAAAAUAUUAUUUUCCAUGCAGGCAUUAUUCGAGGAAUCUGAUGAGGUCAAACAUGGCAACAGUAUGUGGUGCAGGUCUGAGCCAAGUUGAGUGUUUAUGGAUCAAACUAGAUUGGCCUUGAGAGACCAAACAUAAUGACUCUGUUAGUCUUCUCCAGAGGAAGCUAUGGAUCGGCCAUCUGGUUCCAGGGUGAGGAUGGAGGCCAGGAUACACUUAGGAUGACUGGUAUGUUUCAGUGGAGAGUUUGUUUUUGCAGCAUAAAUAACACAAAGGCUGCAACAGGGACAGCUUUGUUAUACAGGGAUAUCUGUAGUCUGGAAAAAACUAUGCAAUAACCUGUGGAAGGGGGGACAAGAUAUUGUAUAAAUGAUGAGACAAUUCCUGUCAGUAGGAGGCAAUAUGCAGGGGAACACCAUAAAACAACUUGUUUAACUCUUUAAACAGAGAAACUCAGAAUAUGCACAUUGUUAAAAGAUUAUGUAUGUUUGUUGUGUGUUUGUUUUGAGUCCAGUUCCUCUGUUCUCUCUCUUUAACCAUGCCAUGACUCGAGAGGGAAUGUUUUUAUAUCUGCAAUCAUAAAAUGUGUAAUAAUAUGAAUUUGUACAACAUAUGAUCUGAAAUAUGUACGAUCCAGUAAACAGCAAACAAAAGACAAA